AUGGCGGGCACGGCGGGCGGGCUGGCCGAAAAUUCGGGAAUAUCCGCCGUCGCGUACGUGGUUGACCUGACGGUGGAAGACACCGCCUCGUCGUUCGACAUCGCGACCGUCAUCACCGUCGAGGCGACGGAGGCAGUGGACGUGAUCGUCCUCAACGCCAAGCAGCUCGACGUCGCCAAGAAGGUCGUCGUCGACGGCGAGGACAAGAACGGCGUCUCAGUGCGGGUCCCCGUCAGCGACGUGGUGUUCCACGAGGACCGCGAGGAAGUGGAGAUCCUCCUGGGGAAGAAGCUCACCGUCGGUGACACCUACAAUGUGACGGUCACGGCCACGGGGGUGCUCGGCGUGCCGUCCGGCGAGGGCUUCAUCAAGGCCACCUACGACAGCGGAAAGAGCUGGCUGGCGGCGAUCCGCUCCUCGCCGACGUCCGCCAGGAUGGUGUUCCCCUGCGUGGACCAGGCCGGCGAGGAGGCCGACGUCACCCUGCGCGUCUGGAGGCCGGCCACCCACACGGCCAUCUCGAACGCCCCCGUCAUCAACUCGCAGGUCAUCAGCGGGGGCCUAACCGUGAGUGACACGUUUGCCACGAUCCGCCUGGCGCCGCACCAGGUCGGCCUCGUGGUCGCCCCACUGAAGCGCCAGAGCGCGGACGGCGACGCCGUGGUGCUGUGGGGCCGCGAACAGGCCGCCGCCGCCACCCAGGAGGACGCCCGCAAGUACGUGUCCACGGUGAACGCCCUCGUCGAGAACCUCAGCCAGGUGCCGCUCGCAGAGUCCCCGCUGUCCGUGGUGGCGUUGCCAGGUAGGCACGUGACGUGA